GCAUCACUUGUGCCAACAAUAUAAUCUUGAAUAUUAAUUAUUAAGAUGGAUUCAAAUGCUUUACUCCACGAGCUUUCUCUUCCCAAAUUGCCCUCAAAUAUGAUUCCACAGAAAUUCAUUUGGCCCAAAGAAAAAAACAACCAUAUGGACGACAUUGCUAACCAAGAAGAACUCAACGAACCCGUUGUUGAUCUCGAGGGUUUCUAUAAUGGUGAUACUGAGUCGACUCGGGUGACAGCCGAGCUGGUCAGAUCAGCUUGUUUGAGCCAUGGUUUGUUCCAAGUGAUCAAUCAUGGAGUCGAUAUGGAGCUCAUAAACACGGUUAACGAUGACGUUAGAGAUUUCUUUAAUCUCCCCAUUGACGAAAAAAUGAGGGUUCAAAGAGAGCCGGAUAGCUUUUGGGGGUAUUCGUUUGCCCAUGCAGAUCGUUUUUCGUUGAAUUUACCGUGGAAGGAAACUAUUUCUUGUUUCUUCCACGGAGAUGGCGACCCUCGUGAUUCCGAGGAAACUGCGUUUUUCAAAUCAGCUUUUCGUCAAGAAUUUGAAAACAAGGGAUUGAUAUUCGAAAAGUAUUGCGAGGCAAUGAAGAAGUUAUCUCUAACCAUAAUGGAAAUCCUCGGAAUAAGUUUGGGUGUAAAUCGAUCCUACUUCAAGGAGUUUUUCGAAGAUGGUAGUUCCAUUAUGAGAUGCAACUUCUACCCACCAUGCCAAGAACCCGAUCUAGCCCUCGGCACCGGACCCCACUGCGAUCCAACGGCUCUAACCAUCCUCCAUCAAGAUCAAGUUGGCGGUCUCCAAGUUUUCUCCAAGAACAAAUGGAAAUCCGUCAAACCUAGACCCAACGCAUUAGUCAUCAAUCUCGGUGACACUUUCGCUGCGUUGUCGAAUGGAGUGUACAAGAGUUGCGAGCACAGAGCAGUGGUGAAUGAGAAAAUGGCGAGGGUAUCUUUGGUAUUUUUCAUGUGCCCUAAAGAAGACAAAGUGAUUGUACCACCAAAAGAGCUAGUGAAGAAGAGGCAAAGGUUGUACCCUGAUUUCAAAUGGUCGGAAUAUCUUGGAUUCACACAGAAACAUUAUAGGGUUGAUAUUGCUACCCUACCAAAUUUCAUUACGUGGCUCGUUUCCCACCACACAACCUAGCCCUAGCUAGAUACCUACCUAACUAGGUCCUUUUUUAAUCUAUUUUUAAUUAUCGUAUUUUAAUUUCCUCGUGCAAUAAUUAUCAAUGGUAGUGUGUGUUUUGUAUCUAUUGGUGUGUACGGAUUCAUUUUGUGAUGCGUGUAUUGCUAUUUUGAAGUUUGUUUUAAAUAAAAGUUUCCGAAUAUAUAUA